CAUUGAGUGAGACGUGAACAAAGAGGCCCAAAAGGUUUUCUCUUUUUCUCCCCUGCGUGUUUCAGAAAUUCUAGAGAGAGAAUCUAGAGAGAGAGAGAGAGAGACAGAUCUCCCGCCCCUAUUUCCUCUUCGAUUCACCUCCCUAAAACUUCUGCAUUCUCGUAAACCCUAGCUUUCUGCUCAUCAUCAACCUCACUUUUGCCUCACUGCCGUUGUUCAACUCGAUCUGGCAGAUUCAGAUUCGGUUUAUGUUCGAUCUGAUUUCACGCAUCUGGAUCGCACCGAAUCCGAAUCUCUUUCCGAAUUUGUGAUUGUUUGGCAAUGACGGCUGGUGGUGAGUGUGUGUGUAAUGAUGUAGUGCGUAAGGUAGAGAUUGAGGAUAAGUGUGGUGUUACUGUUGAUGAUAAUGUCGGUGGUGAUGGUAAUAGUAAUGGUAACGUGAAUGGUUAUGUCGGUGGUGAUGUCAAGGAUGAUCCGGAUGAUUCGUCGUAUGUGUUUGUUGGUGGUGGUGUUGAGGUGAGUUCUGGUGAGUUUGAUUGUAAAUCUGAUUCGGUUGAUGGAGUUGACCAGGUGAAGAAGGAAGAGUUUGGUGUGGAGAAUGGGGGGAUAUAUGUUGAUCCGUUGGCGUUAGAGAGUAAUGUGUCUGAGGUUGAAGAUGUUGUUAAAGAUGAUGUGAGUCUCGAGAAUGGAUCUACUGUUGAUCGUUCGGUGGUGGUAGAGAGUAAUGCUAUUGUUCAGGAUGUGAAUGGUGGUGUUGAUAAGAUCUCAGGGGAAGAUCAGGCGGUUGUUAAGAGUACUGAAGAAGAGGAUGAUAGUAACGGGAUUGAAAACGUUGAAACCAAAAUGGACGGUGUUGGUUCUGGGUUUACUUUUGAUGUAGAGUCUACUCCGAACACGAUAGAGAGUUCUCAUGUUACAGUCGCUGAGUCGGAUUCCACUGUUCAUCCAUCCGAUGUGACGAUCACUCAGCCAUUGACUACACCUGAUGUAAUCAACAUAACAGACGAGUCAUUAUCUACCCCCAAUACAACUAGCAGUACAAAUGGUGUAGUGAUGGUUAAUGACGGGCCGGAGUGUAUUAGUAAUUUAACCGAUAAGGCAGAUGAUGGGUCUGUCAAACCGGCCGAAGAUUUGGAAUCCCAAGUAACAGCUGAUGCAUCAGAGUAUACUGUAAGUCCAACCGAGGAACAAGAAGGUCAAGUAACAGUUGAUGAAUUUGUUAAACCGGCCGAAGAUUUGGAAUCCGAAGUAACAGCUGAUGCAUCAGAAUCUACUGUAAGACCAACCGAGGAACAAGAAGGUCAAGUAACAGUUGAUGAGUCUGGUAAACCAGCUGAGGAUUUGGAAUGCCAAGUUUCAGCCAAUGGGUCAGAAUCUAAUGCAAGUCCCACAGAAGAACAAGAAGGUCAAAUAACAGUCAAUGAGUCCGGUAAGCCAUCUGAGGAUUUGGAAUGCCAAGUUUCAGCUGACCGGUCAGAAUCUAAUGCAAGUCCAACAGAAGAUCAAGAAGGUCAAGUAACAGUCAAUGAGUCUGGUAAGCCAUCUGAGGAUUUGGAAUACCAAGUUUCAGUUGACCGGUCAGAAUCUUUUGUAAGUCCAACGGAGGAACAAGAAGGUCAACAAACAGUUGAUGAGUCUGGUAGGCCAUCUGAAGCUUUGGCUAGUCAUGUUACAGCAGACGAGCCAGAAUCUUUUGAAAGACUAAAAAAGGAACGAGAAGGUGAAGUGUCAGUUGACGGGUCAGAUUCCAUUGGCAACUUAGUUGACAACCAAGAAUGUUCAGCAUCGGUUGAGUCAGAACCUAGUGGUGGUCAUACCGAGGAAGUAGAUGGAAAGUCAGAAGAGCAUCAAGAGGUUUUAGUUAUCACCUCAGAGAUCAAUGUAGAAGCUGAGCCAAAUUAUGUCGGUGGUGGGUUAAAGACUGAGCAUCAAAGUGUGACGGUGUCCGUUCCUUGCCAAUUUGACAACAAUAAAACUGAAGUGACAGACAUUGGAUUAAGCACAGAAUCGGAAGAGAAUCCAGCCUCGGGACUUUUGCUGUCUGAGAACACUGAUGCCCCAGCCAAUGGGCAAGCUGAAAAGUUUAAUGGAGUUUCUGAAACCGAGGCUGAUAUAAGCGUACCAUUAAUGGUUAAUGCCAAGAAGGAAAAAUCAGAAGAGAAGCAUGAGAAGCAAAUGGAGGAAAGCUCAGAAACACCGCUUGAAGUUACAGAAUCUGUAGAAAUUGAGGCGAUUUCUGAAGACAAGAAGGAGCAUGUCAAAGAAGAAGAUGAGAUUCGGGAAUCUCAGAUAGUGGCUCCAGAUAUUGUUGAAGAUGAUUUGAACUUGGAGGAUAACACAACCGAAUCUGCCAAUGAUGCUGAAGAAACUAACAAGGAGUCCAUUAUUCAUGUGAGCACAGCUUUACAUUAUGAAGUCAGCAAUUCUAUUGAUAAACCUCAAGAAGGCUUCCAACCGGAUGGAAGUUCUGAAAAUAUUGAAACUGUUGAUCUUGUGAUAUCCGAACACAAUAACAGGGAGUUGCUUGUUGUUAAGGACAGUGAUUCACUCUCUACUCCUGAUGAAUUGACAGUAGUAGAGCAUGUUAAAGUAGAAGAUGAGAUCCGGGAAUCUCAUAUAGCGGCUACAGACAUCUCUGAAGAUGAUUUGAAUUUGGAAAAUAACACAACAGAAUCUGCUAACGAGCCUGAAGUAACAUUGGAAACAGAAACUAACGUCGAGUCCAUUAUUCAUGAGAAUACAGCUUCACAAUAUGAAGUUAGCGAUUCAAUCGAUAAACCUCAAGAAGGCUUCCAACCGGAGGGUAGUUCUGGAAAUAUUGAAACUGUUGAUCUCGUGAUAUCUGAAUGCAAUAACAGUGAGUUGCUAGUUAAGGACAACGGUUCACUCUCUACUACUGUAGAUUAUGUACCUCAUGUGGUUACAAAGGAUAGAUCUUCUGAAGGUAUGGAUUGUGGAACUGGGGUCGAAAAUGUCGAUGCAUCUGAUUUUGAAGUAAAAGGAGCUGAAGUUAAGGAUGCACCUGAUGAAUCUGUACCUCAUCUGGUUACAGAGAACAUGUCAGCUGAAGGUACGGAUUCUGGAACAGGGGUCGAAAAUAUCGAUUCCCCUGAUGCUGAAGAAAAAGAAAACGAAGUUAACAAUGUCCCAGUUGGAGGUCAUUCCACAUUAAGUUUCUCCGACACAAUUGUGAACAGUGGAGCUGUGAUUGAGUUCGGCUCAAUUGGGCGUCACGAGACAACUCAUAACACACAGAAUGAAGAAGCCGAAGACAUUGACGCCAUUCAAAGUGACGAGAUUCCUACUUCAUCCGUAGAGGGUUCUGUUAUCGAUGCCAUUGAUGUACAGAAUGAAGUAGAUGAGGUUUUACCAUAUAACUUCUUGAUAAAGAUACCUAGAUGCGAGGAUGAAAACCUUCGGGACCAGAUUAGAAGUGCACAGUUGCUAGUUGAAGAGAAGACACGUGUUAGAGACGCAAUCCGAGUGGAGAUCCAACAAAAAAGGGCAAGUUUGAAAGCUCAUAAUGAGGCAUAUAAUGCAGCAAAAACGGAGGAAACCGCAGCAAGGCGAUUAGUUAGAUUAAAGCGACAGGAAAUAGACGCGGUCCAGGUUGUUAUCAACAGGUUAAAAAAUGCAAUGUCGGUUGAAGAUAUUGAUGGCAGGAUAUUAAAUAUGGAGCGGAUGAUACAGCAUGAAACAUUGCUUUUAAAAGAUGAAAAACAGUUCAUUCGUGAGAUUAAGCAGCUUAAGACUCUACGCGAACAGUUAGCGUCUAAUAUGGGAAGCCCAGAAGAAAUACGACAGGCUAUAGACCAGAAAGAUCAAAAUGAGGAACGCAUGAAGACUUUGAGAAAGGAACUGGAAUCGUUAAAAGAUAAGGCUUCAAAAGCUGAAGCUGCUGUCCGAACAGCUGGGAAAACAUACAAUGAGGAAAGUAGAAUGGAAAGAGAACUCCAAGCUCGGUUCAGAGCUGCAGAUGAUGUUCGCCAAAAUGCGUAUGCUCAGUUAAACAGUUUGAGAAAACUAUCAUAUGACAAGAACAAAAAUUUCCGCCAGUUCAAGGAAGAUUUAAUGGCAGCAAGGGAUUUUGCAUCACAUGGAAAUAAAGAUGCACUUCAUCGUUUGUGCGCAAAUCAGGUGGAGACGUUUAUGGAACAAUGGAACAACAAUGAUGAGUUCAGGAAAGAGUAUGUCAGCAGGUGCAAUGUAAAUGCAAGCAGGCGACAACGGACACUGGAUGGCGGGCCACUCGUUCCUGAUGACGUGGCGCCUGUACUGCCCGGUAAUGUGAAUGAGAAAGUUGAUAACAGUGCAGUUUCUGUUUCUAUUCCCGGUGAAGUGAAAUCUGUGUCAGUUGUUUCAUCUACUGAAAAGAAGCACGCAGAUAGUAGUAGUAAUACUAGUAAUAGAUCUAUUGAGAAUGUAUCGGGUCAAAAACACCAGACAUUGAAAACCAAGGGUGCUGCAAAACCGACGAGUGUGAAAAGUGAUGACGUGGCAGUUGUUACCGAGUUGGCGAUCGACAAUAAAAAGGAGGAAGAGAAUACGCCGACAAAAGAGGAGACUGAGUUGGCUAAAAAGGCUGAGGAACUGAGGAAAGAAGAGAUUGCCGCCAAGUUGAAAGAGCAACGCCGCCUGGAGGAAAAGGCUAAGGCACUCGAGGCACUCGAGAGGAAGAAACGAAACGCUGAAAAGGCCCAAAUCAGAGCGGAGCUGCGGGCCCGCAGGGAAGCUGAGCAAAAAGAAAAGGAGAGGGAGAAGAGACUGAGAAAGAAGGAAAAGAAGAAGACAGGCGGCGGAGAUGAAGGCGUAAACAGAGAAGAAGCGGUGGUGGCAAGCUCAGAGAGUGCAAACGAGGCGGCGACUAAAGAUACCGAAAUCGUUUCGAAGGAGAAGAGUAAGAAAAAAACAGCACCACCACCACCACCACAUGUCAUAAAGCAGCAGCAGCAGUUGAAACCGAAGCCCAUCCCGCCACCACUCGUGAACCGAAACCGGAAGCGGUGGCAACAAUGGGGGAAAUGGGCUCUUGCUGUUGCUGCUAUCUUUUUCUUGUUUAUGUUGGGUAACACCAGUUACAUUAGGCUUAAGUUUAAUGGCCUCAUCUGAUUGGUUUAUCUGCAGAUUAUUGGAUUGAGUUUUGGGUUUUAAAAACAUCUAUAGAGUGAUUGAUAGAUAGAUACAUACAUAUAUAUAUAUGCGUUAAAGAGUUUGUAAUAAGUUUGGGCGUUUGUUUGUUUUUUUAUAGUUUUCGAGUAUAUUUAUAAAUUCUUAGUUGGAACUUACAGGUGAAGAACCUUUUUCGUAUAAUAUAAAUUUAUUAAUAAGCCUGCA